AUGAGCGCAAUCCAUCUUCUCCGGAGAUUCUCCAUGAAAUCUCCUUCUCGCUUCCACAGAAGCCUCUUGUUCUCCAAAUCCUCCAUGGAUUUACCGCCGGAUUUACCCAGAAACGCCUUGAUUCGUCCCUCCUCACGCUUUCUCUCAACCUAUCCCACCGCAUUCAACAGCACACAGAGGUUGAUUUCUUCAUCCAAUUCGAAUUGGAUUUCCGAGAAAGCGAGAAGAAUCGGCGUUUCACUAAGAGAACUCUCCACAUCCGUCGAAACCAAUUCCGGCGACAAGACUUUCGAGAGAAUUCAUGUUCAGAGUAGUCUGAAUUCGAAUCCGUUAGUCAUCGAAAGGAUACACAAAGACGAAGAAACAGUAGGCGAAUCAGAUUCGAGAGUAGAGAUUGGCGAAGUUAAGAAUGUAGAAACUCUUGGUGGGAAAGUGAGAGAAGAGAGUGAGGCUGAGAAAGAAGCGUGGAGGAUUCUGGAAGACUCCGUCGUCAGGUACUGUGGUUCUCCGGUGGGGACGGUGGCGGCGAACGAUCCCGGAGAUAAAUUGCCGUUGAAUUACGAUCAGGUGUUUAUAAGAGACUUUGUGCCUUCUGCUUUGGCGUUUUUGCUUAAAGGUGAAGGAGAUAUCGUCAGGAACUUUCUCCUUCAUACAUUACAGCUUCAGAGCUGGGAGAAAACUGUAGACUGUUACAGUCCUGGACAGGGCUUGAUGCCUGCGAGUUUCAAAGUAAGAACCGUGGCGCUUGAUGAGAACACUACGGAAGAGGUGUUGGAUCCAGAUUUUGGUGAAUCAGCUAUUGGUCGUGUAGCUCCUGUAGAUUCUGGUUUGUGGUGGAUUAUCCUCUUAAGAGCAUAUGGGAAGCUAACAGGAGAUUUCUCAUUACAAGAGAGGAUAGAUGUACAAACAGGGAUUAAGCUCAUCAUGAACUUGUGUUUAGCAGAUGGAUUCGAUAUGUUUCCAACGCUUCUCGUCACCGACGGUUCUUGUAUGAUUGAUCGUCGAAUGGGUAUUCACGGCCACCCUCUCGAAAUCCAGUCUUUAUUCUACUCAGCACUCAGAUGCUCACGCGAGAUGCUUCCUGUCAAUGACAGCUCCAAGGAUCUAGUAAGAGCCAUUAACAACAGACUAAGCGCACUGUCCUUUCACAUCAGAGAAUACUACUGGGUGGACAUCAAGAAGAUCAACGAGAUAUAUCGUUACAAGACGGAAGAGUACUCGACGGACGCAACUAACAAGUUCAACAUCUACCCUGAGCAAAUCCCUCCGUGGCUCAUGGACUGGAUCCCGGAGCAAGGAGGGUAUCUCCUCGGGAACUUGCAGCCUGCGCACAUGGACUUUAGGUUCUUCACGCUCGGUAACUUUUGGUCUGUUGUUUCUUCCUUGAGCACACCGAAGCAGAACGAAGCUAUAUUGAACUUGAUUGAAGCUAAAUGGGACGAUAUUAUUGGGAAUAUGCCUCUUAAGAUCUGUUACCCUGCGUUAGAGUACGAUGAUUGGCGCAUAAUCACUGGAAGCGACCCAAAGAACACGCCUUGGUCGUAUCACAACAGUGGAUCUUGGCCAACACUUCUUUGGCAGUUCACGUUAGCGUGUAUGAAGAUGGGAAGGCCAGAGCUAGCUGAGAAAGCACUUGCACUGGCUGAGAAGAGACUCAUGGCGGAUCGUUGGCCGGAGUAUUACGACACUCGUUCAGGGAAGUUCAUCGGAAAGCAGUCCCGGCUUUACCAGACGUGGACGGUCGCCGGAUUCUUGACUUCUAAACUCCUACUCGCAAACCCGGAGAUGGCGUCUCUGUUGUUCUGGGAAGAAGAUUACGAGCUUCUUGACAUCUGCGUCUGUGGUCUCAGCAAAACUGGCCGGAAAAAAUGCUCAAGAGUCGCCGCCAAGACUCAGAUUCUUGUUCGGUGA